AUGCAGACCCUGGCGCCCAUUCACCUUCUCCCGAAACGUGACGGUCCCCUCGAUCGCUGGCGAGGCGGACAUUGGGGAAUGAACAAUCCAGCCGCCUAUACUCCUCUCGAGACCCUCCUCCUCUUCCAGGCCGUCGCGACCCACGGCGCUCAACCCUCGGGCUUCGCCAAGGUAUCCGAUGAGCUCACCAAGAACCCCCAGAUCCGGGCCGACAAGACCUACGAUGCCACGCGACUGAGCCCCGAUGCCCUUCGCCGGGUCUUCCUCCACGUUUGGAGUGAAGAACUGGGUAGUGGCAAGGCGGCUGCCGACAAGACCGAUGGCUCCUCGUCCCCCAACUCCAAAAAACGCAAGCUUAGUCGUCCGGCGGUGCCUACCCUUAAGGAGGCAAAGGCACAGGUUCACCAGUACCCAAUGCUGGUAGACAGAUUGUGGGUUAGAUGGAGGGACUCCAUGGUCGAGUCUGUCAAAGACGACGAGCGUCGCCUCAAUACACUGGCCAGAGAGAUUACGGAGCUUCAUACGAUCGAGCAGGCCGAGAAGGCCAAGGCCGCUGCGCAACUCGCAACAGCUCCGAACGGCAGCACGGCACCCAAGGCAACCCCGGUCCCCGCCCCGGUUCCAUCUCCGAGUCCGAAUCACGUACAAGCCCCCGCCGCGCAACCCCAAGCAAAGCCUUCAACCCCGGCACCUGCACCCGAGACACCGAGACCAAUCAGACCGGCCCCGGCGCAGACUCCGGUGCCGGUCACGCCAGUACCUCUGCCACCACAGGCUCAGAUCAAGCAACCGACACCAUCGGCGCAAGGUCUGCCACCGGCUCCGCCACCCGUGCCGACAAGGCGAGAUGUGGCACCCCCAGCAGGCGCAUUCCAUCAGUCACCUGUACCGCCGCCCGUCCAACCAGCAUCGGCUGCCGGAGCACCUGGUGCCGCACCGGCUACCGCGGCGCCCAUCAAGUCGCAUCAGCCUCUGAAGCCUCCCAAUGGUGCUGGACAGGUUCUGCAGGCUCCCGUUGGCGCAGUUCAGCCGCCAGGACGACCCGGUCAGUCAACGUCGCCGGUGCCUUUGCCAGCCAUAUCACCCAGACCAGACAGCAUUGCGGCCAAGACACGCACAUCAGGUCCUGCCAUCACUACAAAUUCGUCACCGCAAUUGAGAUGGGAGACGCCGUAUCAGCCCCCGGCGGCACCUCAGCAACAAGGUCGUCCGUCACAGGUGCCCCCCGCAGCAUCGGCACCUCUCACUCCAAACCAACAGCACAAUCCUUCACAAUGGUAUGCCCAGCAGCAGGCAAAUCAAUAUCACGGUCCUCCACAUUCACCCAAUAUGCCAACACAGGCGAAUCAAGGGAACAGAUAUCCUCAACAGGCGCAGCCUGUGUUGGUACCGCCUCAAGGACAAACGCAGCCUCCGCGGCCGCCUUAUCCACAGCCUCCGCUUCCACCGCAGAAUCGGCCGCAUACUCAAGGCCAAGUGCAGCCUCAGUCUCAUGCACCGAACCAAGCAAAGGGACAAUUGGUCGCACCGAUGCAUUCAACACCCGUGAAAGGACCCCAGGAGGCACCUGCUUCUCAGAAUGCAGGUCGUCCAAUGUCCACUACGCCGAUUGCACCUCCAGUGCUACCUCAGCCUACCCAGCACCACCAGCAGGCUCAGCAGGCUCAGCAACCUGUCGAGACUACCAAUCCUCCGCCAUCGCGCCCAACGCAACCUCCCACGAGCUACCAACCUCAUCCCCAUCAACGGCCGCUGGCUGCUGCGUCGCCUACACCUCCGCCGGCGCUGCCACCACAGACUGCUGUUCCUCACCCGAAAUGGCCACAACCUCCACCGCAAAUAUACGCACAACAACAAUUCAGUCCCACACCUGCUCCAGCGCAGCUUCCCGCGAAAGCUGCAGAGAACCAAAGACGUGUUUCAUCUCCGCUUGUUAAACAGCAACCACCGCGUCCUGCUAUUCCAGCCCACCUGAACCCCCAGGUCUCGACGCCUACACAGACGCCUAGAGCCGCCAGCACGCCAAUCCCACCUCCGCAAACGCCCGUCACCGCCUCACCCAUUUUCCACCUAACCGGCUCCUCGACGAAGUGGAACUGGAGAACAACACCAUCGACACCUCGACCGGCUGCAGCAGAGACGCAGAGUCCAGCUAUUGAGCCGCUCAGUCCCGUCCAACAGCCGGCGCCAGUACCAGUACCGUUACCCACGUCGACGCCGUCGCAGCUGGCAAAGAAAGCCAGCCCGAAGUUGGUGCCGAAGCAGGAGACGAAAACCCCCAAAGGUCGCGGCCGUCCUCCUCGUAGUGCCAACAAGAUUCGUGCUGGCAGUACGCCGUCUUCGGCUGUUGGUGUACCGCGUAGGAGUCAGUCGGUGACAUCACAGACCGACGAACUGGCUAUGGACCUCAAUGAGUUGGCACCGCGAGUUAAGGACGAGCACGCCACUCCCAGAGCAACUCCAAGAGCUACUCCGAAGCCCCACGAUGAGACAGGUGAUACGACUGCUGAUGAAAGCGUGCCGAGCCGGAAGAACUUGAUUACGCCUAGCAACGUAUCUUCUCGACUGGCGCAGAAACGCAAACGCCAGGACUCGCCUGUGGACUCUCCUCCUGGGCCGCCAACUCAUGUGCUCUGGACUCGCCAGUUUGGCCGCGUGAGUGCUGCCGCUCUUGAUCAGAUCGGGGCUCACCGAUUCGCGAAUCAAUUCGCAAACCCUAUUCGAGAACGUGAUGCUCCUGGCUACAAGACCAUCAUUCUGCAGCCACAGGACAUCAAGUCCAUCCGUGCCGCCAUCACUCACGGCAACCGCGCAGCAACGGAGGCUGCCAAAGCGUUGCCCGACGGAGACCCGGGCACAGGCUCCGUUCUUGUGCCCAUCAGCGAUGACCUGGUUCCGCCCAAAAGCAUCAUCAACAGCGCGCAACUGGAGAGGGAACUCUUUCACAUGUUUGCCAACGCUGUCAUGUACAACCCGAACCCCAGUCGGGGGCCCGGACCCGCUUUCAUGAAGGUUGGCAUCUCGGCAGGGGCCGAUGCGCUUGGGUACGAAGUUGACGAGGACGCCGUUGUCCGGUCCACUAGGAUGAUGGCCGGCGAGGUUGAAAAGAUCAUAGGAGAGCUUCGUAACGCGGAGAAGGAGCGCACUGGUCAAGCCCCGUCAACAUCUGGUAACACAAGACCCACCAGCGUCGCCACGGGUGAAGACACUCCGAUGGCAGAAGACGAUGUGGAUGAGCUGGCGGGAGAUGCAGACAUUGGGUCCACCACGCGUAGGCGACGCGUUGGUACGAGGAAUUGA